UGACAAUGCCAUUGCCAACAUGAAGGCUCCCUGCAACUGCAUGGGAGAAGCUGUAAUAUUUCAGGGGCCAUGGACGAGCACCCUGAUUGGCCUUCUAGCAUGGCCAGGAAGAUUUCAUCCAGGAUGUCAUGGAUGACCACGACCAUGGCGGCACCGUCACCGUCAUUGGUGAUGCCACUGGAAGUUGCCAAGCAUGAAAUAUGGGACCGAUAUCCGCCAAAGCCGCACCAGGAGGUACUACGUAAGCAUGGUAGGGAUGCAAGCGGGCCUCCAUUGUCUCAAGUGGUCUCGGCAUCAAGGCGAUGCCAUGGGAGGUUAACGCAAAAUCGGCGCCUGUUGGUGCGGCAUCUGCUGCUCCUGAUGGUGGUUCUUCCACUUGCCCUGCUGGUUUUCUCUUCUUCAAUGACGAUAAAGGUGCAAGCGGUGAGUUUACGGGGGGGGAUAGAGGUGGGCAGGGGUGGCGAUCUUCAGCUUGAACCUGUGGAAACCACUUCAAAGGAGAAGCUGGACACAGCUUCCACUAUGAGGAUGUCGUUUCCCACAGAGAAUUCCCGUCCAGUGGCAGUUCCACCCCCCCCUAUAGCUCCCACCAAAAGAGGGGUCUCAGAGCGUUUGCUUCGCGUUUCAUCCUCAUCGGUUGGCGACACUGCGUCUUCCAGUAAACGCCCUUCUCGCGUUUCGUUGGCAUCAGUCGGAUUACUGACAUUAGGCAUGGCUCUUGCAUCUGGCCUUGGAGCGUUGCCAUUCUUCUUCUUCAAGCUGAGCCCUGCUUGGUCGGGGAUCUGCAACGGAAUCGCCUGCGGGGUGAUGCUUGCUGCCAGCUUUGACCUUGUGAGUGAGGGCCAGGUCCUCGGUGGAGGUGGUUGUGUCGUCAUCGGCAUACUGGCAGGCGGUCUUUUCAUUCUGUCUAGCCAGAGACUCCUUGACGAGUUUGGUGAAGUCAGCGUCCUUGAUUUGCAGGGUGCAGAUGCAAGGAAGAUGGUCAUUGUUGUGGCAAUCAUGACCCUCCACGCCUUUGGUGAGGGAGCGGGGGUGGGUGUCUCAUUUGCAGGGCCGAAGGGCCUUCCGCAGGGGUUGAUGGUGACUAUAGCGAUUGGAAUCCAUAACAUUCCUGAGGGUCUUGCCGUCGCAUUGGUUCUUGUUUCGAAGGGCGUUUCGCCGUGGAAAGCCCUUGGAUGGAGCAUUCUGUCGUCUAUUCCCCAGCCGCUGGUUGCUGUUCCCGCAUUUGCGUGUGCGGAAACUUUCAAUCGGUUCCUUCCGCUUUGUCUAGGCUUCGCCGCCGGCUGCAUGAUUUGGAUGGUUUUCGGAGCUGUCAUGCCAGAUGGUAUGAAGGACACAAGCCCGAAUGCCGUCGCGACGGCAGCGACGUUGUCUGUCGCAAUUAUGGAAUCUGUCGAUACCUUGAUGAAUGAGGCAGAAAAGCGCAGCAGCGACCCGUUCCACCCAUCAUUUCUUCUCUUGUCUCUGGCUCUUGGACUUGGACCUCUUGUCAUUGGGACCGGUAGUCUGGUAGUCCUGCGCCGCACGGUACGAAAUCCCUCGCCGUUCUUAAUGGGGUUGACGGCUGGAAUUCUCUUAACACUGUCUUGUUGGCGUACAGCGGAGAUACACGCAGCAGGCCAACUGGGGCUUGCUCGACUGCUGGCGCUUUUAUUUCUGGGCAUUGUAAUUCUUCCUUUGGUGACGAGAUCGAUGUUCUCUUCUUCGCAUGGCCUGCCGAAGGCGACAACGAGGCAGGGGAGGAGCAAGAGGAGAGGAGUUGACUCUCCCAAGAAAGGAUCGCGUGGCCUAGACCUAGGGGUGUUGCAGGCAGGCAAAGGAGGGACUAGCUCGUCUUCGAUACCCACUCCCUCGCUCCUGCAUCCGGUUACAUUUAGCAUCACUGUGCUGGCUGCACUGGCUGUGCAUUUGUUUUCCAACGGUCUGUCAUCUGGCGCUGAGCUGAGGAGAAAUGGGGGAGUGGGAGCGACAUGGGAGACCAUCUUCUCUGCACUCUUGUCAGCUUCGCUGCAGGGCUGGCUGUAUGGAAUGGUCGUUGCGAUGAUAAUCAUGGCGACAAGAGGAGGGUACAGGUCAGCAAUGGCAGGCAUGUGUUUGACCGGUACUGCAGCCUACUUGGGUGUUCAUGCUGCAUUGGUCCACUGGAAUGUCGCUCUGUCCUCCCCUGCACUUGAUGCAUGUCAGGUGGUAGCCAGUGCGGCACUGAUCUGUUCUGUUCCUGCGUGGUUGCCGCAGAGAAAUCUCGUGAUUGCAGCACGGAAGACGACCCUUGGAGUCGUUCUUGGGGCCACAAUCACAGCUGUGAGCGUGAUGUGCUCCAAGCUUGUGCACUUGCGCAUCACACAGAACUCUGCUGGAAUCAAUGCAGCUGCAGCUGACUGACCAAUGAUCGCAUGGGUGUGUGUGUGUGGUGUUUCUUGGCACCGACUUGAUCUCCAUGCAGCACUGCCGAAACAUUCCAGAGAGCACGCAUGGGUGUGUGUGUGGUGUUUCUUGGCGCCGGCAGAUUUCUGGGGCUCAGGUUAUGAGUGUUAAGGUUGAGGUGACCAGGAAACCUAAGGUGAUAAAAAUAACGUGCAGCAGCAGUAGAGAGGCUCAGGUGACCAGACACCCACAUACUCAGGCUCAGGCGAUCCUCUUCGCAUUUGUACUGCUGAGUUCGAACUUCAAAGUAGUGAAUGGAGAGGUAUGCCUGUGAAGCUGGUGGGUGGCAAAUCUAUGAAGAAGGAAGAGCGGUGGCUGUGUGUCGACUGUUUCUGGCUGUAUACACCCAUCUGAGUGGGUUGUUUCCCCCCCCCUUCAGGGCAACAAGGCCCACUGGCAUCUUCUGUAUCUUAAUACAUCUACCUCCUUGGUAAUCAACUGGUUGUACCAGCACUUCUUUGCGCCUUAACUUGUCGAUCAUGCUGCAUGGACUACACGUUUCUGGCUCGUCCAUUGCUAAGUAAUCGGACCUGUCUGAUGCAAAAAAAAUGAGCAACGGUCGACGACUUCGGCAGCUCACCGCAAGGGAGCAGUACUUGACUUUGGCUCCCUAACCUCAUACAAAUAGCACUUGGUUAUCACUGUUUGAUGGCUGCUUGAACCUGUUUGACCCAAAGCAACAAGAGUUUGACUUUGGCAGAGCAACUACUGCAGGUGGACAGUAAGUAGCUGACUCUGGUAAUCGAAACGAACCGCCGGUGAUUUUUCAACCGUACCACAGCCAUCUUUAUCGACUGAGGAGUUUACUCUACUCCCAAAGUUCAAUGGAAGAAAAGUCAACUUAGUUUGACUGGAAGCAGACUGUAGGCAACAACAGAUAUCCAAGGAAGAGCAGUCAAUUUCGUUUGACUGGAAGUGAAGCGAGGACAGACUUCAAAGGAACAAAACAGUCGACGCAGUUCGAAGCAAAGGGGACUUCAACAACUUCGAUCGGUUGGUCUCGAGCAAGCGUUGCGGGUGACCGUCGACUCCAACAGUUUGUUUGACUUUUUUUCUAAGUGGGAGGCAGGGAAGGACGGGUCCGUAGCGCAGUAUGGAUGUGUUCCUUGCGAGUUUUGGGCGCAACCAGCCACUCGUCAUGCUCUGAGCGAAUGCAGCGCAGAUGUCACUUCACACUCAAAUGCUUGCCGUCGACUUUGAGUUUCCCAUCAUGCUGCAAACCUCCAUCGUUUGUUACCUUCUUAGCUGGGAUAUGAGCCCAUGCCUGAUGGGGGUUCCCCACCUUGCCUUCAUUUUCUCGGUCCGGUCCCACACACAUGACAUGCACCUUCAAUUCUGUCCCAAGUUAUAAAGUUCCAAGCUCUACAAAG